AUGGACAAAACCAGGAUAGCCAAGGUAGAAGACGUCACACUAUUCCGCCGGGGGGAGAAGGCAGUAGGCACCCUUCAUCUUACGCCUCACCAUAUUGUGUUCUCGCAUAUUCCUCCUCAGAAAGAAUUCCCUAGAGAUUAUUCCAAGGAAAAGGCCGCCGUAGGCCAUAAGGAGCUAUGGAUCACAUAUCCAAUUAUCUGCUUUUGCACAUUCAGGCCCGCUUCCCUAGCAUCCCGCCAGCUAGCAUCGAUACGGCUACGCUGCCGCGACUUCAGUUUCAUAUGCUUCACUUUCCCCAACGAAGCAAAGAGCAGAGAUGUGUAUGAGACUAUAAAAGCAUGGACAUGCAAGCUUGGAAGCAUCGAGAAGCUUUAUGCGUUUACUUUUCAGCCUCCUGCGGCAGAACUUGCGUUGAACGGAUGGGAGCUAUAUAACCCACGCAAGGAAUGGGCUCGUCUCGGGGUUGGUAGAGCAGAUCGAGAUUCUAAUUGGAGAAUAUCCAGCAUCAAUAUAGAUUAUAAGUUUUCGCCAACAUACCCUGCCCUUCUCCCUGUACCGGCUAAUAUAUCCGAUAAUACUAUUAAUUAUGCCGGGAGAUAUCGUUCAAGAGCGAGGAUCCCGGUUUUGACCUAUCUUCACCCCGUCAAUAACUGCUCUAUCACACGCUCAUCUCAACCACUUGUCGGUGUACGCAACAAUCGCAGCAUCCAAGAUGAAAAGCUGCUUGCCGCCAUAUUCUCGACAUCUCGCCAGGACCGGCCUUUAGCAAGUGUAUCACCGCCUUGUUUAGAAACGGAGUCUUCAAACUCAAGUGCAGAAGAGCAGUUUGGUAUUAACUCUGACUUUGAAUUCUCCAAUGCCGAGGAGUUAGAGGAUGAAGUGAUAGCUGCUGCUAGGAACGAUAGUAAGGAAUAUAAAACGCAGAUAUAUGGGGCUCAGCAAAACAACUUGAUUGUUGAUGCUCGCCCUACUGUAAACGCUCUUGCGAUGCAAGCAGUUGGGCUGGGGUCCGAAAACAUGGAUAACUACAAAUUUGCUGCUAAGGCUUAUCUAGGUAUUGACAAUAUCCAUGUCAUGAGAGACUCGCUUAAUAAAGUCAACGAGGCGCUCAAGGAUUCUGACAUCAGCCCAUUGCCGCCGAAUCGAGACCAGUUAUUGAAGAGUGGGUGGCUAAAGUAUAUCGCCGUUAUUCUCGAUGGUGCCGCAUUAAUUGCCCGCCAAGUUGGAUUACAGCACUCCCACGUUCUCAUUCAUUGCUCUGACGGAUGGGACAGAACUGGCCAGCUAAGUGCGUUGAGUCAGUUAUGUCUGGAUCCAUACUACAGAACUCUGGAAGGGUUCAUGGUUCUUGUUGAAAAAGACUGGCUUGCAUUCGGCCACAUGUUUCGUCACAGAUCUGGCCAUUUGAACAGCGAUAAAUGGUUUCAGGUUGAGAAUGAUCGAGGCAGCGACUCUGCAAGGGGCGCCUUUGAAGGAGGAGUAGCCGGGAAAGCCCUUGAGAACGCCCUCCUCAGCGCAAAAGGAUUUUUCAACCGAGAUAAUGUGAGCCGAGAGUCACUGGUAGAGCCCGAUGGCGAUAAGGCAGACCCGGACUCGAAUUCAAAGAAGGCAACCUCUAAUCAGAAGUUGCCAGUCAGUGACAGUGAUAUAACAAAACCCAAGGAAACUAGCCCUGUAUUCCACCAGUUCUUGGAUGCUACAUACCAGCUGCUAUAUCAACAUCCAACCCGAUUUGAAUUCAAUGAACGCUUCCUUCGUCGAUUACUAUAUCAUCUUUACUCUGGUCAAUACGGAACGUUCCUCUAUAACAGUGAAAAGGAACGUAUCGACCGUGGAGCAAAGGAAAAGACACGUAGUGUCUGGGACUACUUCUUAGCGAGAAGGAACCAGUUUGUCAAUCCUGAAUAUGAUCCUCUCAUCGAUGACAACAAACGAGGUAGCGAGCGCCUCCUUUUCCCUCGUACCUACGAAGUCAGGUGGUGGGCUGAAGCAUUUGGGCGCAAUGAUUCCGAAAUGAACAACCCACGUAUAACAAGUAGCGGUGUUUUGGUUGAGAGGGACUGCCCGAGUGGAUCGAUGACCCCUAUGAUCGGAGUCGAAACAUAUGAUCGUUCGGCUGCCACCGUACCUCAGCAGCCCACGGCAGCUCAGUCCUCCAUGGGCGGCCCUACAACUAGCAUUACCUCUCUUGCAGCCAACCUUUCUACCUUAGGGUUACCUCUUGCGAAAGGAAGCGGUCCUGGGACACACAGUCCAUCAAUCAAAGCACAGGAAAUGGAGGCGGUGGAGAUGAAGUAG